AUGGAUAUAUUCCAGGAAUAUCCUAUGGGGGCCUGCAAAAUACACCUCGACUUGCAACAGCCGCCGAGCAAAAAAUCAAACACAGCCUCAGAAACACCAUCCUCACACUCCCACUCGAACUUCCCCCAGCCUCCAAAGGGCCAACCAUCACUGCUGCAAACCAACCCCACCCAUCACCCCCACCAUCACCAGGAAGCAGCAGAUUACUCCAAGAUUACCACCACAUCAAUCUCCUCCUACAACUACGAUGUCGAAUGUGUAAAACUGCUCAACAAGGUCAGCAACAAAGCCCCGGGAUUCUCAACUGUUGCUGGUGAAAGAAGCUCGCCAGAUACCGCCAGAAAUCCUCGUCGUUUAUCAGUCAAGAUCAAGAACAAGGAAGACGCCUUGUGCUCACUGUUUGACCUGAGGGCCAACCGCGAGCUGAAUCAGUACACACACAACAACGUGCUCUGCGGCAUCACCUCGGUUGCCUUCUCCGCCUCGCCCCAGAUUCUUUUUGCGGGCUACAACUAA